AUGAACACUUCACACAAAGGCCUUGCCAGCUUCUCCCAUCGACUGCAAUGUCGCUCUCUCUCCUCAACGGCUCGGCUUGCCCGCAAGUCAGCUCGGCCGCAGACCGUCAAGCAGCAGCAGCCGGUUUCGAACAUCUCCAGAGAGUAUAAGCCUCGCCCUCGACCAGCCAAGACAACACCUCCCCGCCCUCCACAACAACCGCCGACCCUCCGCGACCAAUGGAGCUCCUCCUGGCUCCCCCUCUCCGGCGCGGCCAUCGUCGCCGGCCUCAUGGGCUUCUACGUCCUCGGCACCCUCACGGCCUCCCUCAAGCCGACUCCCUGCUGCAACCAUGAUCACUCCAACGAGACGCCCACCGGCCGGCCCCUCGCCAUGACGGCCGACAACGCCGAGCAGUUCGACAAGGAGCUCAACUUCCCCGAGUGGUGGAUGGGCAUCACCUCGCUCCGCCGCCGCCUCGCCGACCGCGCCAACGGCACCGUCCUCGAGCUCGCCAUGGGCUCCGGCCGCAACCUCGAGUACUACAACUGGGAGCCCCUCACGAGCGCCGCCGCCUCCGCCGGCCGCUCCGCCGACGACGACCCCCGCGGCAUCACCUCCUUCACCGGCCUGGACAUCUCGGCCGACAUGCUCGACGUCGCGAGGCGCAAGCUCACCAGGGCCGUGCCCCCCAUGGCGUCCUCGGCGCCCGUCGUCAAGGCGCGCACCAUGGCCGGGAACACGGGCGGGCAGCUCUCGUACAUGGACGGGCUCCUCCGGCUGGUGCACUCGGACGCCCACAACCCUCUGCCCCCGCCGCGCGAGACCCCCAAGUACGACACCAUCGUCCAGACGUUUGGUCUGUGCUCCGUCUCCGACCCCGUCGCUGUUGUCUCCAACCUCGCCACGGCCGUCAAGCCUGAAACGGGACGGAUCAUUCUCCUGGAGCACGGGAAGGGCUGGUAUGGGAUCGUGAAUGGGCUUCUGGACCGAAACGCCGGGCAGCACUUCGAGAAGUACGGGUGCUGGUGGAACAGAGAUAUUCAAGCCCUGGUCGAAGAAGCAGCUCGGAGGACGCCAGGGCUCGAGGUCGUCAAGGUUGAGCGACCGUUCCUGCUCCAGAUGGGAACACUCCUCUGGAUUGAGUUGAAGAUGAACCCUACCCCUCAAUAG